UCAACUAUUUAAUUGGGAAUAAGGUCACUUAUAUUUUUUAUUUAUUUAUUAUUUUUUUUUAGGAAUGCUAUCUAUUUUAUAUUUGAUAAAUUUCAGAGUCGAACAAAUUUCUUUUAUUUCUAGGUUUAAAAUUGAACUCUGUGUUCUCAAUAUAAUAUUCUCUAGCGGUUUUGUGAACUUCAAAUUGUCAGGAAUAAGCUUAUAAAUGUUCUUGGUGCUACCUACAAUGUGUGGUGGAAACAUAUUGUAUUUUCUACAUUUUAGAAGAAAUACCCUCUGUAGUUCCAAAUUUGACAGCUUUUUUAUUAAUUUCGAAUACUCUUUUGCU